GUCCUGACGGAGGGGGCGGGUCAUCCCUCUGGCACCGACAUGGCCGCUGACCGCACCGUAUACGAAGCGAAAAUGCAAUACACUAGCAUGAACUUUGCUUUGCACAGCCACUGUCCAUUAAUAAUCACAAGGCUUUGCCUUUGACGAGUUCGUUGCAAUCCAUAGUUCCUAAACCUUCCGAUACGAAUAACAGCCUUGGCCUUCCUGUGACAGCAGCAAAUAUCGAGACACUAGAUGCCGACUCUGUGGUUGCGAUUGCCGGCUGCGGCACCUGCGCCCCCGCCCGUCACGAAAGCGGACCCGAACUUGCCCCCGGCGGAGCUCCUCCACUCCUCCUUCGCCAAAGCGGCCUCCCAGCGCAAGCACCUGCGCGCCGCUCGCGCCGCCUCCGAUGCAGCUGCCGCUGCCGUGGCAGCGGCGGCCUCUGAGGGCGUGGUGCUGCUGAUCAACGCCGUUGUCCUCGACACGCAGGCGGGCGCGUACCUGCCGGGCAUACAGCGUGUGGCGCUGAGAGACGGCGUCAUCGCCGCGAUUGGGCCCAUGCCCGGGCAAGAGCAGGCGCUUGCGAGCCAGCAGAGCCAGCAGAGCCAGCAGGAGGCCGAGGAGAGUCAGGUUGCGGAGGUGCAGCUGGUUGAGGAGGCGGCCGCAGCGCCGGCGGCACCGCCCCCGCCGGCCGUGACGGCCAAGGAGGCGGAGGUGGAGGCGGAAGUGGAGGUGGAGGGUGGUGUGGUGGCGACCCAGCAGGCCGAGAUGGAGGUGGCGGCGAACCUGCUGGCCGGGCUGAAGACGCUGCCCAGCGACCCGCGUGGGCCCCUGACGGGGGCGCCGGCGGUCAUAGUGGACUGCGCCGGCGCGGUGUUGAUGCCGGGCAUGUGUGAUGCGCACGUCCACGUCACGGCCGUCACCGCCGACCUGGCGGCGCUGCAGUCGCACUCGGAGGCCUACGUGGCGGCGCGGGCCGGAGCCAUCCUGGGCGGCAUGCUGGCGCGCGGCUUCACCACCGUGCGGGACGCAGGCGGCGCCGACUUCGGCCUGGCCCAGGCGGUGGAGGAGGGGGUGGUGCUGGGACCCAAGAUCCUGUUCACGGGCCACGCGCUGAGUCAGACGGGCGGACACGGUGACUUCCGGGGGCGCGGCGAGGACGCGUGUGCGUGCGGGGCGGCACUGCGUGGCAUUGGCCGCGUGUGCGACGGCAUCCCCGAGGUCCGCAAGGCCGCUCGCGAUGAGCUGCGCCGCGGCGCCCACUGCAUUAAGAUCAUGGCCUCGGGCGGCGUGGCCUCGCCCACGGACAGGCUGACCAACACGCAGUUCAGCGAGAGCGAGCUCAAGGCGAUUGUGGAGGAGGCGGAGGCGGCCGGCACGUACGUGUGCGCGCACGCCUACACGCCCGCCGCCAUCCUGCGCGCGGUGCGCUGCGGCGUGCGCUCCGUCGAGCACGGCAACUACCUGGACCCGCACACCGCCACUGAGAUGACGUUCCGGGGUGCCUAUCUGGUCCCCACGCUGGUGACUUACCAGGAGCUGGCACGUGGCGGCGAGGCGGCGGGCAUGCCCAAGGAGCUGGUGGCCAAGGUUGGAAACGCACUUGAAGCGGGUCUGCGCUCUCUGGCAGUGGCUCGCGACCACGGCGUGGUCAUGUGCUUCGGCAGCGACCUGCUGGGGGACCUGCACCCCGCACAGGCCGACGAGCUGUGCCUCCGCGCCCGCGUGCUGCCCGCCGUGGAGGUGGUCAAGUCCGCCACUGUGCACUGCGCCGAGCUGUUCAACGCCACGCUGACGCUGGGACGCGUGCGCCCGGGCUUCUCCGCCGACCUGCUGCUGCUGGCGCCCGGCGUGGACCCCCUGGCUGACGUGGCGGCGCUGGCGGCGCCCGGCGGCACCGGCGUGGCGGCGGUGUGGCGGGAGGGGCUGCUGGCCAAGGCGCCGUACGCGCCGGGCCGACUGCCGGCGCUGCAGCAGGGCGCGCACGGCGAGCUGCUCGCGCUGGGCGACUGGUGGGAGCACAACGAGCGGCUGUUUGCCGCGGCGUGAGAGCGGGGGGUGGGUCGAAGGUGUGUGGGUGAACGUGUGUCGGUGGAGGUGUGUGGGCUAAGACGUAGGGGUUCAUGUUCGUGUCUGGGUGCAUGUGGUGUGGGAGGUUGCGCGUUUGGCGAAGACAGGUCGAAACCGCGUGGGCAUAGGGGGGCCCUGGUGUGUGCAAGCGCUUGACAUCUUCAUGUGACCUUGGAAGAAUGAACACGUCAUCCGGCCGUGCGUGCGUGUGAGAAACUACAGUAUGGGUGAUGGAGCUGAUCAAAACACAUGGGUGCAUUACAUCUUUAUGAUAUUGUGGCCAAAUCCUUGUGCCUGAUUGGCUGCAAGGGUAGAAGCAACAUUAUCUUGGACUUCAAGCCCCGAUGCAAAGGCUGGAACAUAGCGGGGCAUGCUCUGUAUUUACAUGCCCGUGCACUCCACGGUCAGUGCCAUUUCUACCGCCUAAACUGCCAGUGUCCAACGGCAUGAUUUAUCUGUAUAAUUCCCGUGAGCCUUAAAAGUCCCGACUGACCGACUCCCGAGCUCCAGUCCGGACUACGGAGAUCUGCACAUGCGCUUCCAAACACGGUUGAUGGUCGAGUGCAAGAACACGCUCGCCGCACGCCAUAACAUGCUGAAGCAUUGUCCGCAAUUGUGAUUAGUCCAAGCAGGCUGUCAAAGUACAGGCAGCGCUGUACAGCACAUCACGUCCAUCACGGUAAUGCAAGAUGCGUAGUUCAGUCCUGUCCGGUCCAACAACUCGUCAAGCCGCGCCAUCAUGACACCAGCGGCUCACUGCAGUAGUCGAGUCCAAGCAGUCACACACCAGGUAAUCGCCCCCACACCAGUUAAGCACCGCCAUGACAAGCGCGACAGCAGCGCCGCGCAGCGGCGGCGGCAUCAUCACCAUCAUCACUGUGGCGCCAGACAUGCCUGAUCAC